GCAUGACCUUUCAACCCCGUAUGUAAAUGAGGAUUCUGGAGAGGCUGAGGGAGCAGUUCUUGUUGGAGGAAUUCGGCGAUGUCUCCACGGUGUUUGGAUGUAAAAAAUCGUAGUUAGUGACACGCUCAACCAUCGAUGAGUUCAGAGACAGUCCAUCAUGAGGGUUUGUUGACACGUAAGCAUGAGUGGGUGAAUGAUGAGGAGAAAGCCACCAACAGGUCCUGGGACAAAGUGUAUGUAGUCCUACACGGUAACACUUUGUCAUGUUACAAGGACAAGAAGAAGCAGGACCGUAUCCACCAUGAGCCUGUACUGAGUCUGGCUAGUGCUGCCUGCCGCAAAGCCACAGACUACACCAAACGGCCAAAUGUGUUCCGUGUCAAGCUUGCCACUGGUGGCGAGUACCUCUUCCAUGCUAAACAUGAGGCAGAGAUGGAGACAUGGAUAUCACAGAUUGUUCUGGCGACAGGCACGGAACCUGCGAGUGCUAGUGGCAGCUCUCAAACGAUGCCAGCUACGAUGGAAGGAUCAGUGGAGAAAUAACAGAAAAAGAAAGGAUUCUUCACAUUAAAGAAGAUAUAAAUGUCAAAA